GUUCAUAGUUUUAAUUUUGAUUUAUUAAUGAUAUCGUUAUUUUAAUGUCCGAUUCAAAUCGAAAAAAACGAUCAAAAUCAAAAUCUGUCAAGCUCAGAUUGAAUUCACUCAUUGGUAAAUUUAAAUCUGGACCUAAAAAAUCAAUGACAUUAUCGGCAGCUAUGCGUCCAAGUAGUCGUGAACAAUCACGAUCAUCUUCAAGAUCGAAAUCGAGGUCGAGAUCAAAAUUAGACAGUAUCGAUGUUAGAUUAUCGCGAUCACAAAUAAAGCUAAUCGCAGAUCUUGUCAGUAAAAAUAUAUUCAAAUUAUUCGUAUGUUCUAAACAUCAAAGAAUAAUGCGUAAAGCACGAAAAGAGAAAAAAAUACAGACAUGUUGUAUGACAGAUCAUAUUGCCCAUUCUGUUAUUCAACUUCAGCUGCAACAAGAACAGCAGCAAAAACUUCAAUUUCAACGUCCACAACAACAACAACAACAACAACCGCAACCUGUACAAUCAAAAGUCAUACCGACACCUCGCAGCCGAACACCACGUGGCUUAAUUAAGCUUAUCAAUUCUAGUUGGUUAAAUUUAUUGACAAAAUCUCCAAAAGUACUGAAACGGUCAAAAUCAAAAAAAUCGAAGCCAAGUCGACGAAAAUCUCUUCAAAUCAAAAGUAUAUCGAAAUCAAUUUUAAACAAGCAAAGUCUUGAACAGAAAUCAAAACAAAUAGAGGAAAACAGUCAGCAGUCGGUUAACAUAUUGAUUCAAGUAGAAAGCGAUGCCAAGCAUAACGAUGAGAACGUCAAACCGACCUUAGAAAAAAGUGAACAGGAUAUUCCAGUUGCAAAAAGUGAUCAGGAUAAUAUUCCAGUCGCAAAAAGCGGACAGGAUAAUAUUUCAGUCGCAAAAAGCGAACAGAAUAAUAUUCCAGUUGCAACAAGUGAACAAAAUGAUAUUCCGGUUGCAAAAAAUUCAAACGAAAAAAGUUACGAUUCCGAAACGUCAUCUAGUACUGAAUCUCAAUUAGAAAAAGCCAAGGAUUCGAUAGAAAUUCAAUUGAAAAAAUUGGAAAAAAUGGAUGUAGUUUUGAUGAGAACAUUGAUAAAACCAAGAACAAUGUCUGAAUUGUUUGAUUCGAAAUCGGCUAAACAAUCACAAGACGAAAUAUCUCCACUAAUUAAAAUGAAUGAAAAAUCCGAAAUGAUCAUUUCAAAAAUUCAAAAACCUAUCAAAUCAUCAACAGGCAAUGUGGUCGCAAAAAAAGAGCUGAAUUCAUUAGAAAAUCCUGAUACAUCCUAUAAAAUUCGAUCAUUGAAAAAAAUUAACGAUAAAGAUGACAGCAGCAAACUGAAUUCAAUGAAAAUGCUUAUUACAACUAAUGAUUCAAUUAUCAAAUCUAAAGCUAUAUCAUUAUCAAAAGUUCAGCUAAAUUCCGAAGGUUUAAAAAAUAAAAAUUUACAAAAUGAUAUUCAUUUAUCAUCAUCAAAACUUUCAACAACACCAACAAAAUCGACAUUACAAUCAUCCGCAAGCAGACUCAAAGCUAAAAAUGUCGGUAAAACAAUUUCGUCAUUUUCAAUCAGUAAGCAAAUGUUAUCUUUAUCACGGCCAACACCUUCGCCUUUAAGGAAAUCAAUGAUUCAAAAAGAUAUUAAAGUUGAUAGGAAAACAAAUAGAAUCGAAUCGAUUCUAAGCAAAAACAAACAACAACCACAAUCUUCAACAAUGAAAAAAGAAGAAAAUGAAAAGAUUUUCGAAAAACAAAAAAGUAUCACCAAAGAUGAUAAUGAUGAUUAUGGCAAGCCGCCUAAAUCACCAGAACUAUUGCGUUUCUCAUCCGGUUUAGUUUCAACAGGUGCUAUUCAUUUGGAAGAAGAAUCCGAAUCCGAAUCCGAAUCAAAAUCGUCCAGCAACGAUUGCGAAAAAAGUUCUAAUGCACAAACCAUAACGAAAAAGGAAUCCAGUUUUACAGAAAAAAAUGUCCAGGAUCAUCAACAAUCUCGGCCUUCAACAGUUCUGGACGAAUCAAACCAACAAAGUUGAUAUUUCAUAAACUUUCCGUAAUUUCAUAUUAUUAAACAAUAUAAUAAUAAUCGAAUUUUAAAAAUAUCCGAAAAAU